UUCUUCCUUUUUUCUCCUUCUCCCUUUCUUUUGCCCAAGCCGAGAGAUUGAGCGAGAGAGAGAGAGAGAGAGAGAGAGAGAGAGAGACGCAUAGAUUGAAAGAAGAAGAAGAAGAAUAUGGUGAAGCCAAGAGGGGUUUCGGCCAUGACUUGUUAAGAGUGUUGAUUUUUGGGGAUAAUCGGAUGGGUUCCGUUGGGCUCUCUUUUCUUGGCCAUUGGAAUAUUACUUCGGAUUAGGAGAAGAAAGAGGCCACCUUUGGUGGUGGUUGGGGAUAGAUGAUUGAAUCGGUAUCAGAAAAUAUAAAGAUCAGUGAGAGUUAGGGAGAAAUCUGAGAUUAUGUCGUUGGAGCCUCCCCCUUUCCAGGAAGCAGCGCGCUGCGACGUCUGCAAAUGCAGCUUCAACACUUUCAGGCGACGGCACCACUGCCGAUGUUGUGGGAGGACUUUGUGCCAUGAGCACUCAUCAAAUCAAAUGGCUUUACCACAACUUGGCAUUCACUCGUUUGUUAGAGUUUGUGCUGACUGUUAUAACAACUCCUCUCGAUCUGGGAAAGAUGGUCCACAAGCUUCUCUAUAUGGGGUUGAUCGUGUCACAGAUACAGUUUCUAAAUUGGACAUAGGUACAGAUGUAAAUUUGAAGGCUUGCCCAACUGCAGAGCAUGACUCUGUGUUAGUCAUUUCAGAGUGCAAGUGUGGAAUGCCUUUAUGCAUUUGUGAAUCUCCAGCCCCCUCCCCUCGUGCACUUCCUCUACAGAGAAAAAAUACUCCGAACUUUACUCCUCAAAUGAAUCCAAAACCAAAGAAGACGGACACUAUUCCAAGGAAUAGAGGUGCCACAUCUGACAACAAGUUGUGUUCUGUUUUCAAUCUUGGUCAAGUGGCCAAUGAUGCUCUGAAUAAACCUCAGAUGGAUUAUGAACCUAAUGGGGAGGGAUUAAGAGAAGCUAUAAAGAAUGGUGACACUGCUGCAGUCAAGAAGCUUCUGAGUGAGGGCGUGGAUGCAAAUUACCGCGACAAGCAAGGAUUAUCUUUGCUACAUUUGGCGGCACUCUUUAAUCAAACUGAUAUAGUUUGCACCCUCAUGGAAUGUGGAGCAAGCAUGGAUUACAAGAAUGCACAAGGAGAAACACCAUUGGAUUGUGCUCCUGCUACUUUGCAAUACAAGAUGCGAAAGAAGUUGGAAGAAGGUGCAGGUCUGCGUGAGCGCAUUUGAGAGUAAUAUAUAAGAAAGCAUAUGACUAGAUUUGAUAAACUGCUGGAUGGCCUUGGACUAAUAUAUAAUUGUGGCAUGCAUGGUAGUAAACAAGGCUACAAUUCUACAAUGUUAGAGUUCGCAGCUGCGGUGUGUGAUCUUCAUCUGUCGUAAAAGGGUUACGUAUCAAGAUAUAAAUUUUCUUCUGUUUGACUUUACAUAUUUGGACCAAACCCGGCCCUCUGUGACUCACAUGUUUAAUGAAUCAAAAUCAUUAUUUUAACCAAGUUAGCUUGUGGACUA